UUUUUGUUUAUGUUUAUACUACUCUCACCUCACUCUGGAUUCAUUCUGGAUGUGGACACUGUGGAUAGUUCUGGAUAGGGGGUUAUUUUGAGUGAAAUGCGCUGCUACGCAGCCGCCGAACUCUCCCUGCACAGUUUCACCCCUCGAUUCCACAACAAAAGUGGGCGCAGGAAAAUUAGUGCAAAAAAAGAAAAACUGGAUUUUCUGGAAAUCUGGAAAUUUUCCAUGGAUUAAACUUACUUUUUUGGAAAAUCCAUCACAAUGGGUCACCAUCAAGCCCCCUUGCCAGAUUUCGACCGUCUCCUAUCAAUACCAAAAGAAAUCUUUGGCCUGAAAAAGUUCUACACUGACGAAUUCGAUGCCUUCAAAAAGUACUACUCAAAAAUCAACCAAUGCAUGGACGACAAUUCAAUCAGAUAUCUAGCAAACGAAGCAAACGAAUUGCCCUAUCUACUGCCCUGCGAACUAUCAAGCAAAGUAAAGAAAGACUCAAAAAACGAAGGGCAAAACUUUGAAGUGGCCCCCAUGAAACAGACCAACGAUAAAAUUGAAUUUGCAAAUUCCUGUCUCAAUUUAGUAGAGAGUCAUAAUAGAGGCAAAUGCCUGGUAACAACUUCUCAGGUCAAUCAAGGGGAUAUUUUAAUAGACGAAACUGCAACAGUGUUACAAGUGAACCCGAUUUGCAAUUGCGUUGAUGGAGAGCAUAAGAUGUUCAGGUGCCAUCACUGUGCCUUUGCGGUUAAUAAAUAUUUGGCUUGUUCGCAUUGUAAUGUUGUCAUUUAUUGUACUCCUAGAUGUCUUAUACAGUCUUAUAACGAUUAUCAUAAGUAUGAGUGUGAAGGAUUCCAGAGGCAUUAUUGGAGAUUGGACGAUAGUGAUCACAGUUAUAUCGCAUUGAGGAUGAUUUUGUAUGGUGCAAGGUACAAUUUCAAUCACGAUAUUCCUGCCAACCACGAUAAAUGGGGUAUCAACGGAAAUAAUUAUCCCUUCGUUUAUAGACUGAAGACUAAUUUUGAUAAAAUGCCGAUUUUGAGGGUCUACGAAAUUUUAAGGAAAGCAGCCCACACAAUCAUCUACCUCAUGGUUAGAACGAACUUUUUCAGCGAACUCCAGCCUCAAAACGAAACAAUUCUACACUAUUAUGUUGGAGGUUUGUUCGUCAAGCAUUACUGUCAAGCUCAAAUGAAUUGCGUCCAGCUCAGAUACCCAAACUUUGAAGCUGACUACUCAUUCAACACUGUAGGCACUAGUGGCAAAGCCAUUUGCCCUACAUUGGCCAUGCUGAAUCAUUCAUGCUCCCCUAAUGCUGUUGUAGUGCUCUGCAAUGAUAGGGUUUUGGUGAAGGCAAUUAGAAAAAUUGAAGCCAACGAAGAAGUGACUAUAGCUUACAAAGAAAUAAAUCCUUUUAAUUCUUUGCAAGAACGUCAAUUACUUAUGCUGCACUAUUUUUACUUUGAGACAGUUUGCGAUUGUGAAUUGUGCUUUUAUGAAAGCACUUGGCAAGAGUAUCCGUUCAAGUGCAGGUCAUGUGCUUUAGGUAGAGCCAAAAAAAUGACUUUAAAUAAUGGAGAGGAGAAACUGUAUUGUAAAAAUUGUACCUCGUUUUCCUUUAUCGAUCACAAAGCUGAAAAGUCUGCACUAAUUGCUGGUAAAUUAUACAAAUCAACUUACAAUAUCGAACCAAUUCUACGAGUAUUAGACAGUUGCACUAAAAUAUUCCCAUGUGAUUCUUGGGUCCUUAUGGACCUCUACAAGCUUUUAUUUGAUAAAUUUUACACUUGGGGAGAAAAACCCAUUGAAACAAUGAAAUACGGGUUAUGCUACUACAAAGUCCUAGAAAAGUACAUGCCCAAACUAUAUCCUGCAGUACUUGAAGCCAAAUUGUGUUUCAUAUAUGGAACAUUGAAUACCAGAGAGUUUAAAGCUUUGGAAAAAGUUACCAAAACCGAAUUUGCCACAGUACAAAGAUUCUCCGACGAAUGUCUCAGAGCCAAAAAGGACAUUCUAUUCUACGUCCCCCACAAAGUGAUGGGCCCCUACGCCACAGAACUCGUGUCCCAUUUACAAAACGUACAGGUUAAGUUAAGAACAAUGAAAGAACGAUAAAUUUAUACAAAUUAUAGGUAAUUACUACUUCAGUAUUAUUGUUUUAAGGUAAGUGUGUAUUUGUUAUUUAUUUAUUAUUUUUGGUGAUUGUUCCAAAGAAUUAUUUAUAUAAUAUUGAUCUUUUUUUUUUGAUUUAUCUGAAGAAUAAAUGUACUUUUUAUUUAUUGAUUAUUCUCCCUUUUUCAACUUCCACGAUAGAUAAUGCUCCCAAACAUCCACGUCAAACCAUUGAUAUUUUUCUGGUUUUGAGAGGUCAAAUAUCAUUUUGCC